AUGAACCGGGUCGUGAAACCGUCUGCCAAGUCAUCACGCUCGAGGCCGGUGUCGUGCCACUUUUGCCGAUCGAGGAAGCUGAAGUGUAGUCGGCAAUUCCCGUGCUCGAACUGUACCAGUCGGGGUACUGCCUGCCAGCUAUAUCCUACAGUGUCAUCACCCGAUGCUCAAAGCGACAAGGAAGAGCCACCAGUGAAUCAAAGCUCAAAUGCAGAUGUCCUGGCCCGCUUGCGCCGGUUGGAAGAGAUCGUCAUCGGCAAUGGGAACCCAUCUGGGCCUUUGGAUCGAGCUACAAUCCAGGCACCGUCAGUGCCUUCUCCUCCCACGCGUCAGUUCGAACAUCCUUAUAUGAUGCACCAAGGUCAAUCAUCUGCGGCUGCUGUCAACUGGUUGGAGGGCGAGAUCACGUCACCAGGCUCAACUAGCUCCCUUCUGAAGUAUGAGCUUGAAUUCAGAGUCUGUGACGUUCGCUCGGCUUUGUGUUCUUCACAAGUGGCUCAUCCUGAAUUCCCUCGGAAGAAGUGUCUAUGGCUGCCGCGCCACGAAGAAGCUAAGAUAAUAACAGAGAAGUAUAUAUCAGAGCUCACUCAUUUACACCAUGUGGUGCAUGUACCCUCGUUGCGCACUAUGAUUGACGACCUCUACGAUGGACUGAAAGAAAGUAGACCCAUAAAAGUUGGGCAAGUCUCGUUACUCAUGUCCGUCCUGGCUACCACCACGACAUUUUGGACCGAGCGUGAUAUGCACCAUGGCAUAUUCUCCUCGGUUGAAGAAGCAAAUUCCCAAUCUACUCAGUGGAUGAAGCUUGCCACCGAGGUACUGGAGUAUUCACGCUAUAAGCACCUGGAGUCUCUAGAGGAUGUCCAGGCAAUGGUGAUCUUGAUAUUUGUAACGACUAAUCUAGUGGGAAUUGCUUCCCAGGCUCGGCACAUGGUUUCUACAGCAAUAUCUGUGGCAAGAGAGUUAUCAAUGCAUCGAGUCGAUCAUCCAAAUAACACUGGCUUUGAUGUACCGCCGCCGACUUCUGCACGGGCGGAGAUCUAUAGACGAGUGUGGUGGUAUCUUGUGGCAACUGAUUGGCAAAUGUCUCAGUUAUCUGGACCCCAGAGAGGCACAUACUCCAUCAUGCCCUCCCACAUGAUGACCAACAAACCUGCCAACAUGAAUGACGAGGAUAUUGUUAAUGGAACGGUCGCUAAUGGCGAGCCAAUGGUCCACCCAACCUCAAUGUCCUAUUGCCUGCAGCGGAUCCGAUUGGGCGAGUUCUGCCGUGAAAUCACAGACAGUGCCCAAUUUGGACUCUCUGACCCUGGAACUCCAGACUACGCGAUCACAAAGCAUAUUGACGGCAAGAUAUGCGAGUUCGCAGAGAGUCUGCCCUCGUUUUUCGCAUUGUCUCAGCCGGAGCAGCUCAAGGCCGAUGAUCGCAGAUCCACAGGAAUCAUCACGCAACGGUAUAUCCUGAAUUUCCUACUGAAUACGCAAAGAUGCAGACUUCACCUGCCCUACUUGUCGCAUGCAUCUAAAGAUCCUGCAUACGAGUAUUCCCAGAAAGCGUGUCUGGAGGCGGCUCGAAUGGUAAUCCGAACAGAGCAGCAACUCUCCCAGGAAGUGAUACCGUUCGUCAUGGCGCGCUUGAAGUUUUCCGGCAUGCUCCAUUGUGUAUGUGUCGCCAUCAUCGUUCUCCUCAUAGCGUAUUGUGGACGCAACAGCCACCAACAAGAGAACCAACAAGAGAAGGAAGGGGGCCGAUCGGAGCUCUUCGAGGCAUUUAAAAUCCUGGAAGAGGCCAAAGGGCAAUCCCCCUUCGCUGGUCGGCUACUUGAAUCUUUUAAAACGGUCCUUCGUCGACAUAGUGCGUCAGCGUUACCUGGUGCAGGAGAUCAAUUGGCACAGUCUGGCCAGGCUAGCAGUCUGUCGCUGGCACCUGAUCGGAUCUGCUACUCUACAGCAACUGCCGCUCCUUGUUCGAGCGGACACAAUGAUGAUUUGCUGAUGGAUCCGACCCUGCCUGCGCUGGAUGACCUCUGGCAGGUUUUCGAUGAGAGUGUGGACUCGCCUUCAGUGGAUUGGACCAGCUUCUUUGCCGAAUUGGACUCUCCCUUCCUGUCCGUGUGGUAA